AUGCCAGACGCGAUGGACGUUGACGCGAGGGAAGAAGGCGAGCUGAGCAGCUGUGAGGAAACCGUUGAACAAAGGAGUCCUAACCCGGAGAGACAAUUUGCACCUUACGCGCAGAAUUCUAGAAGCAUACAAAGUGCCGCCGGUAAAAAACCACAACAGAACGAACCACAGUCACCCUCAACCAACUUACAUCGACCAGUGCAGAAUAACCUAGAGAAAACUAAUUUAACGAAGGAAAAUGCUCACGCGAACCCGUUAGCUGGGAAGUCUCCUUCUCAAUUGAAAGCACUUGCUCAAGGAGCGUUAUUGAAUCUCGCCCCCCACAAAAUUCGCUAUAAUGAAUUGGUUCGGGAGGGGAUAGAUCCCAUCAUAUUGAAGAGCUUAUAUGAUGAAAUCGGAAUAAAGGUCACCACCGAGCCGCUCGCUAAAUCUGUUGCAAUCGUCAAAGAGUUAGGCGAGCCUAAAACCUCAAAUACCGUUUUUAGUCCUACUGCAAAUCCUAUUGCACAGGACGAAUCUGUAACCAAACAAAACGCUACCCAGGACACGGGUGCCAACUCUAGCAAGCCCAUGGAGCGGAAAGACGUCAUUGCUCGCAUGCUAGCCGCAAAAGCUGCCAAAUCUACACCACCUUCGAUACCUACGGCUAAAACCGUGAAGUCAGAUCAGGCCACUGCAUCUCCGUCACAGCCAACAAAAAUGGCAAUCCGGAGUCUUGAUGAAAGCUCCCCUCAAAAAGCGCAAACCUCGGCACAAGCUACUCGUGAAGAAGUUAGAGUGAAAGAGAAGAACAAAGCUCAGACGGAAUUAGCUAGGCAACGAAUGGAGCAACUUAAAAAGCUCGGGCUUGGGAAAUCAACACCUCAGAUUCCUGGUCUCACCUCUUCUCCGUUGACAUCUAGUGCGGAUAUUCCCGUCUCAACUGUUCCGCAAGAAUUGCGCUCCCUACCACACUCCUUACCCGACCGCCCGCCACCGUCCGGGAUGCCAGGAAUAACUCAAAUUCCCGGCCUCGUUCUGACAGAGGCUGACUCUCACAAGACGAACGACUCAGUUACUGCUGAGAAACCACAAGAUGGUCUCAAGGACAAUGCAGAGACAUCUCGUGCCCCAAGAAAACGGCCAAGAGCUUCGGAUUUUACUGAUGAUCCCGAGGAAACACAAACAAGGAAACAUCAGUUAUCAACACGCUCAGCCAGUGCUGAACAGAAAGUUAUUAUUGAUAUCAGCGAUGACGAGGCAAUGUAUGGUGGUUCUGACAAUGAAGGCAAAGCAAUGCCAAACCAUACAAAUACGCCCCGUACAACUCGUUCUACGAAAUCCACAGCUCGUAACUUGCCACCAUUAUCCGAUUUUCCACCCAAGGGUCGUGGCUCCCAUCAUUCCACUCCUGGGACUACGUCAAAUACUCCCCCGAAUCCCGCCAAUGGUCUACUACAGAAAAACAUGGAGAUACUGGCCAUGCGUCAAAGAAUUGCGGAACUAGAGGCUCGUCGCAUUAAAAAGCAAGCGUCAAGCCAAAAUCAAAGUUCCGGUUCUUCAAAUGCGUCAGCCGGCGUAACCUCCGAUGGAACUAUGCAAGAAACUGAAAAUUCUUCAUCUGAACUCGAAAAUGCUCAAAAGGUGCCCACGCCGGCUGUUGAGGGGGGAAUAAUCGGGAUAGUUGACUCGGCCUCUCCAUUACCAAACUCUACCUCUACUACCUCCAGUGUCCAACCACCAGCAGCUUCUAACCUCGGUGUCAACCGUGCUGAGGAGUUACGGCUGAAGGCUCUCCGUCGAAAGGAAAUUGAAUCCGGGCUCCCACUUCUGGAUGCAGAAAUACUCAAAACAGAACAGAAGUUGGCUGAAUUUCGCGAGCAGGAAAAGAGACUGGUCGAUCAAAUUGCUAAAGGCCGAGAAGGUAAACGCAAGCUGAUCGAAGAACUAGAAAGCCUAGGGAUCGAAACUGAGGGCUUGUCAAUGUCAGAGCUCAAGGAAAUAUCGGAUGAAGUGGGAAAUAUCAAUGAUAGUUCUUCCAAACAGGAUAUUCCGGCAAAUACAUCGACCACAGACCAAGAAAUACAAAGGUCUCCGGCCGACAAAGAGGAGUGCCUCGCCACUAGCAUCUCCAGCUCAACAGAAGUGGCUCACAACGUCGAAAAUCUUGUAAGUCAUCAAGAUAGUACGGCGCAUGAAAUAGGAAGUGCGCAGGAUACAGUCAUGGAAAACGCAUCUUCUGGUGGACCUCAUGAAACUCGCGAAGAAUCUUAUUCUAGUUCUGCUAUGGACGAAUCCAUGGGAAGCUCAGAAGACGAAUCAGGUGAAGAAUCAGCUUCAAUAGCUAAAUCCACCUCAUUAGGCAGUCCUGACGGUGACGAAAUGGUCAUUAUGAAGGACGCUUCCCUCUCAGAAGAGGAUAAAAUCUCACAGGAUAUACCUCAAGAGAAAAGCACAAAUUCCACAUCGUCGAAUCCAGAUAAUGAUGGCGAACCCCAAUUUACUCCUCGGGGAGAAUCUGUUGCGUCUGAGGGAUAUGAACCCCCCGAGCCUGACACCUUGGAAAGCCCUCCAUUCAGUCCCGCCCCUCCUCAACCCAUAGAACCAAUAUCUAUGGAACUCAGUCCUGGACCCGAAGAUCCAGAUGCACAUGCGCUAACUCUUAGUAAACAAGAAGCGGACUCCCCAGCUAUUCUGGCACCCUCCACGGUACACAAUCUUCUCUUUACACUUGCAAUUAUUGAUCACUAA